AUGAAAUUAAGUAGUGCAACUUUAUAUGCUUUAGCAUUAAAUUUAGUGAUUGUUAACUCAGCUCCAGCUGUAGAAGGUGAACAUAAUGAAUUAGUCAAGAAAUCAGAUGACGCUGAAUUAAUCGAAUUAUUAAACAGCUUGAAUAGUUAUAAAUCUAAAAGAGAUGAAAUUUAUGAUAGUUUAGAUAAAAGAGAAUAUCAAAUUGUUACUGAUGUUUUAGCUGCUUUGAAUAACACUCAAUUAGCUGAAAGAAUUAUUCAUUACUUAGCCACUGAUCCAAAAUUCCAACCUAUUGUUAUUAAAACUUUAGUAACAGUUUUAAAAUCUAAUUUAAUCAGUUAUGAUGCUUUAUUUGAUGCUUUAGAUAAGAGUAAUUUGAUUACUACUGUGCUUCAAGAUUUAAUUUCAGAUUGUUCUUUAUAUGUCUCAUUAUUCAAUACUGCUGCUAAUGUUAUUAGUGGAUUAGUUGAUAAAGUUCAAGCCAAAAUUAAUUCAUCAAAGAGAGAUUUAUUAGCUUUUGAAUCUCAAGAAAUUGUUACUAGAGAAGUUGAUGAUAUUGAAGCUAGAGCCCUUGAUAUUGAAAACAUUGUUGUUAACUUGUUAGAAUCAUUAGGUAAUUCUGGUUUAGCUUCAUCAGUUGUUAAAUCUAUUAUUACUGAUUCAAGUUAUAUUCCAUUUGCUUCUGAAUUAAUUCAACAACUUAUCUCAUCUAAUGCCCUUGACUUAAGUGAAAUCAUUGAUGCUUUGAAGAAUACUACUUUAGCUUCAAACUUAUUAAAAUCAAUUCUUAAUGCUAAUACCUUUAAUAAUGUCAUUACCAAUGCAUUUGCUGCAUUUUCUGGUGAUUGUGCUUCAUCUGGAGGUUCCUCAGGAGGUUCUUCAGGUGGUUCAAGUGGUUCAUCCGGUUCUUCUGGAUCUUCUGGCUCAAGUGGUUCAACUACUGAUCCUUGUAAAAAGAGAAGAAGAAGAAGAAGAAGAAAUUAUAACUACUAA